GUGCCAGUCAAGCAAGAUGAUAAUGAGACGAGUGUCUGCGGGUUGAGUUAGGUUGAUUCUGAUUAAAGUGUGUCACGUCACAGCAGUAGCGAGUAAUAACUCGUAGAAUGUGUUUAUAUUCUUGUGCUGCUUGUAUUUCAAAAAAUAGUAAGCUAAUAUAUAUGCCAUUUUAGAACGCGUAUUCGGCAUACAUCAUUAUAAUUUGGCGUGGAGCACAGAAUACAAGUUAAAUUGUUUGGAAUUCUUUUUAUUUUGAAGCAUAAAUAGAGUGAACAUGGCUGGUAAUUUUCCAGAUACCGUAGAAACAGUGUUAGGAAGUAUACGAUUAUCCGAACUCGGCAAAACGUUAACGCAUGAACAUUUGGCUCUUGAUUUCCGUAAAUUUUACGUACCACCACCGAAGCAUAUCGAAAAACAUUUUUCCAAAGAUCUGCAUCUCGCGAAUAUCGGAUAUAUCAGGCAGUAUCCAUAUAGUAGUUUGAGUAAUUUGGAGUUUUAUGACGACCACGCGGAGAAAGCUGUCCAUAUGGAUGUAAAAUUAUUCAAAGAAGCUGGCGGUGGGACCAUCGUUGAAAACAGCAGCCAUGGUUUGAAACGUGACAUUCCUUUAAUGAGAAAUGUUAGUCAGUCGAUGAAAGUUAAUGUGAUCGCUGGAACCGGUUAUUAUGUUGCCAGUACACAAACUGCAUCGACCCUCGACAUAACGAAAGAAGAAAUGUAUAAUCUCAUGUAUAGAGAAUUGGAAGAGAGUUGCGUGGGGUGUCCCAACGGGUUGGAGGUAAAGGCUGGAUUUAUCGGAGAAGUCGGCAGCACUUGGCCGAUUGAAGAUUUUGAAAAACGUGCUAUUUCUGCGACUGGUGAACUUCAAGCGCAAUUGCAUUGUUCUGUGAGCUUUCAUCCCGGAAGGGACGUGUCUGCACCUACGGAGAUAAUGCGGAUCUAUCAAGAGGCUGGUGGAGAUCCUACCAGAGCCAUCAUGUCCCACAUUGAUCGUACGUUAAUCAACAAGGAGCAGCUCAUGGAAUUUGCCGACGAUAACAAAUGCUACAUCCAGUUUGAUCUGUUUGGUAUCGAGUGUUCUUAUUAUCAGAUGAAUCCAUCGGUCGAUAUGCCAUCAGAUGCACAGCGUAUCAAACGCAUCGCACGUCUGAAGAAGGAAGGAAAACUGCACCGUGUUCUUAUGAGUCACGACAUUCACACGAAGCACAGACUAAUACAUUUCGGCGGCCAUGGAUAUUCUCAUAUCGCAAAUAAUAUUCUGCCAAAUAUGAUAAAUAAAGGUUUCACGAUGGAAGAGAUCAAAUUAAUAACAGCUGAAAACCCAAAGAGAUGGUUUACUCGGCAAUAAUCUACUUGCGCAAUAGAUGUUAUAUUGUUCUUUAUAAUAUAACAUUGUAUUUUUUCGAUUAUUGUUUGUAGAUUGCUACGAUAAUUUUUAUUUUUAUUAUCGUUCUGUAUUAAAACUGUAUUUUUAAUUCAAAAUAAUAUGACUUGUAUUGUAUUUACAAGAUAUAAAAAUUGAUAUCUAUAACAAA